UUUUUCUAUCAGGCUUUUAUGGCUAAUAACUAUUUCUGAGGUUGCAAGGACCACACAACCUGGUUUCAUUGGAUUCUAACCAUAUCCAUUCUUUCAAAACCCAUCCAUGUUUCCAUCACUUAAUCAACACAGUCAAUGAACACAAUGCUUUUCUUCAGCACUCAACCUAGAUCAGAGUCUAGAGUUGAGGACAGUAACUAGUGUCAACCUAAUCUCUCUCUUGUUUUGUUAACUUAUUAAGUUACUGUAUUUUUAGAAUUCUUCUUCCUGCAAUGCCAGGAACCAUCAUGGUUUCAGUACUGGAAUUCAUGGAUCUUCCAUUAUCUUCUCCAACAUCCAUAAGGGCUUCCUUGGGGAGAAUAGAGUACCAAGUGAAUGACAAGGAAAACUUAUCUUUCCCCAUAACUAGCAUCCGUGAUGAUUUGAUUUUCAAAAUUCAGGAUGCUGAGGGGAAUGAAAUAUCACGUACAGGUUGUUUUUCAGUACACAUCCUAUUUGAACUGGCCUUUUCAAAAUCAGACACAGUAACUUCAUUAACUAAUGAACAAAUGGCAGGUAUUCAAAUAAAGUUGAUUUUAGAAAAAGGUGUUUUGGAAGACAAGUUUCCACUUGGUGGUGGCCAUCUGCGUUUGAAAUUGCAAGUCAUCCUUAGUGAUGAAGAGCGCGAUAGAAUUCGUUCAUUGAGACAAUCUGCAUUAAAGAAAAAACAUGAUGAGCUUCUUAGUGGUGGCCGAAGAGGAGCAGAAAGCGAAAGCAGAGCUGUUCUUGGCAAUGCUGAAUUACCCUUCCGCAGAAAUGAUGAGAAACUGAAUAGUUAUGAUGAAUCACAUCCUACAUUCCCUCAAAGGCUCUUUCCUGAUGUUUUAAGUGCUCCAUCUUCUCAAGAAUCACCAAAGAAACACCUUCAACAAGAAGCUGGUUCCCGUGAUGAGAAGGAAUCUGAUACUAGGACUCAGCUUGAACACAAACAGCUAAAACCAAACAUUGCAGAUGAAUAUAAGGAGUCCUCAUCCACAAAACCUGUGUCACAACAAAAGGGUAAGAAGCCUGCUUAUCAGUCACCAUCUGAGAAACAUCCUCAAAGAGCUACUGGUUCAGAAGAAAUUGCAGUUUUUUUUGGGACAGAAAAAAAUGAUGCUCCGGCUAGUAAUGUGGUACAGCCAAAUGAAGAGGAAGGUGGCCCUCAACAUUCUGAGAAGAGAGCCUCACUGGGGAGAAUUCCAAGUAAUGUGAGGAAGAUGAUAAGUGCCUUUGAAGGUGGAUCUGCUCAGGAUAAGAGAUCUCAGAUUAAACCACCUCCAACAAAACAGCAACAAAGUUCAAAUGAAAGAAGAUAUUCUUCUAAGACUCAGCAUUUGGAGAAAGAUAAGUCAGAGAAGACAGAACCAGCAGACUUGCAUGAAAGGGUGAAAAGUUCAUCCCUGAAUGAAGCACAUGUUGGAACUGGAACUGAGGGGAGCAAGCAUGAACGGAAAGUGGAAACUAAAGAUUCAAAGCCCAAGACCUCUGAUAACAAUGGAGAUGAAAAUUCUGGAGGUCCAUUUAAUCAGGUAGUAAAAGUUGCAAUCAUUGUAGGAUUUGGAUUACUUGUUCUCCUAACCAGAAAAAGAAGAAAGAGUAAUGAAGAGAGGCAAAGGGAUGUAUUUAACUUUCUGAAUUUACCAGAAUGAAGAAGAAGAAUGCGUGAGAAUCAGUUCAACAAAUCUCAAUUCUCAAAUUCUUCAUGUGUUGAUGCAUGCACAAGCAUCCACAGGCUGCAAUCAAGUCAACAACGUUGAACAUCUUUCCUGGGCCAAAACUAUGGCAAUGCUGACACAGUUGCAUCCUUAUCAGCAACUAAAUCUGUUAAGAAAAUGCAGCAUAAACAUUGAUAUUCAGUUUCGUUGAGUUAAGGAAAGUUUGAUUCAUUUUCCACACGGAUGAAAAUAACUUUGUUCUUUUAUUGCUUCAAUGUACAAUAAAUUGGAUUAAAUCUGUAAAGUUUUGUGUGUUAAGGAUGGAUGACAGCAACUAAUUAACCUAUGAGUUUUGUCUUAGCCCA